UUGAAACCCACUGAAUAAAUUGUAACAACUUUGCAUAGUUGGUCCCAGAAUUUCAUUAAUGUUCAUAUUUUUUAUUAUAGAUUCAGACUGCUAUUUGUGAGUGCCCUGGUGGAUCUAAUCCUGCAAGUUGCAAGCAUGUUUUUGCAUUGCUUUAUGCAUUAGUUGAUUAUAGUCAAAAAAAAAUUAUAUGAAGCCCCAACUGAACAGCUACAAAAAUGGCAUCAACCAAGGCCAAAACUCUUAUCACCAAAAAAGAGUUCAGAUAUAUUUAAGCCACAUGCUUCCAAUUAUUCAACCACGAAUUCUGUUAACUUUUCAGCACUUUUUGGAGAAAACUGUAAUUUCCCAAUAUUCUCUGUACUGGAAUGUACAGACCAUCUAUUUCAAGUCGGAACAAUUCCCCUACCUGCAUUGGUAUGUACCAGGAUAAAUAUUGAAAUGCCCGAUUUCUUAAAUAUAGAAGAGGUGCUUUACUUUCAUCAAAACAUAAAAUGUAGCCUAGAAGAAGCAUGGGAGAUAGAGCUUAAAACUACAGAACAGAGUGAGAGCAAUUUGUGGAAGAACCACCGUCAGAUAAGACUAACAGCUUCUGCCUUUCAUAGUAUUGCUCACAGGAUGGCAGACUUUGAUACACUGGCAGCAAAUAUAUACAGAAAUCAUGAAAAAGACCUCAGCAAAUUGCCAGCAGUCUCAUUUGGUUCCAGACAUGAAAGUGUUAUUAGAAAUUUUAUCAGGAGCCAAAAUGAAUCUUAUAUUUUGAGAAAAGUUGGGGUUGUUACCAACCCACGUAUUCCAUUUUUGUGUGCAUCACCUGAUGGCUUACUUUUUAACAAAGAAAAUGUUCGGCUUGUCGAAAUAAAAUGCUGUUACAAUCCUGAAAAUGUUGAGCUGAAUCAGCUUGCCAAAAGACCAAAUUUUUGUUUAUACAAUGUAGAUGGAAUUUGGAAGCUUAAAACAACUCAUGCAUACUUUUAUCAGAUUCAAGGGCAAUUAGCGAUAAGUAAUUUAACAGAAUGCCAGUUUACUUUUUAUUACAAAUAUCCAAAUUAUAUUCAUACACAGAUUAUACAUUUUGAUCCUGUAUUUUGGAAUAAUUUGAAACAACAACUUAAAAAUUUUUAUUUUAAUCAUUACAUUAAGUUCUGUUUAAGAUGUUAAAUUUUAUCUUGGCAGUAUAUCUGAAAUCUCAUAUAUACAUUGUGAGCAAUAUACUAUUAUUGACAUGUUCUAGCUGUAAAAAGAAUUAUAUAAAUAUGUAACUUGCCUUUAUGUAUAAAAGCAGGCAACAAUGAGCUGUUGGUAACAGUGAUACCCCCACAGUAUAGUGGAUAAUAGAGAAUUUGUUCUCGGGGACCUGCAUACCAUUUUACAUUAAGGCUGUAAUUACUUUAAAUAAUCAUCAAUAAUUGAUCAUUCUUUCAUCUAGCCUUUGGUGGACUUAACUCAUUUAAGGUAUAAUUAUGUAUUGGGAUCAGUAUGAAAUCAAUAUUUCCUUAGCAUGUUUGAUGUGACUGAAAACUAACUAAAUUUCUUACAACUUUAGCUCUUUGAUUUAAAUCAUUGGAAAAAGGAAUUUGACCAUUUCUUAAAAUCUGAUGUGAUACUUAACAAAUCUUACUAAUAAAAUAAUUCAGUUAAAAUGGAUCUAUAAGGUGCACAGACUGAUAUUGUUUUCUAUAUGAAAGAGUUUAAAAUAAAUCAAAUUACAAGCUGUAACACAAUGGCCAAUACAGUACAAAGUCCGAAAUCUGGACUCGUCGGGACCUUGGCGAUUCUGGAUUUGGGAUUUUUCCGGAUAUCAGAUCA